GCUCAAGCUCGUAUCGAGUCUUUUGUUGUGAAAAUGUAUUGUUAUUUAUUACGUUUAUUACUGAUUAGCUAUUGAUUGAGGUUACAGUUAUAAGAAUUUAGCAAAAACUGGACGGCACAAAAGGGAAAAAUACAUUCGUAACACUCAUUCUAUUACGUUACUAGCAUUGAACUGAUAAUUCGAACGCGAUGGACGUGAUGCAUGCGUGUCGCUGCUGCCUGCAGUCCCCUUCGGAGAUGGACCUGACGACGCCGUACAUGUAUCACGGGAAAACGGAGAUUUAUUUCGACAUGAUUGAGAAAUGCUUCGAUAUACGGCUGGUAAGGGGACCGGGCUCGUGCGGGAUCUGCUCUGCGUGCGUGGGCCGCCUGCGAGAUGCGAGCGACUUCAAGCUGCAAGUGCAGCGCAGCCAGGCGGAGCUGCAGGGAUUGCUACUUAAUGAAGUGGAACCCGUUAUCAAGUCUGAGCCAACUGAAGAUAUUGCUACCGACUCUGUGUUUAAUACUUUACAUUUGGAGCUAGUAGAAGACAAGCCGGAUACGAUUCAAGAAGAGAUGGGGGAUAUAUCAAAUGAAGAUCCCCUAGUGAAAUUGACUGCACCCGAUCAAAGCGGAGACAUUUGGACUUUGGAAGUCCCGCUGGGAGAGUUCUCAUCGCACGCCAAGAAACUCUCAAGAAAAAAACAAGUGAAACGAAAGAAAGAAACUAAAAUGCUCAACGGUAAUGAUAAUGCCUCCAGUACAAAAACUACCAGUACGAAAAACAAACUAUACAGCUGCGAUAGAUGCGGCAAACAAUUCAAGGAAAAAUAUCUUCUAGGCAGGCAUAUUAAAAUCCACAUGACUAUCCGGGACGACUAUCCCUGUACGAUUUGCGACAAAACCCUGUUAUCCCCCUCGGCUUUACAGCGACAUCUACUCAUACACAACGAGGAGAAAAAAUACACCUGUGAAGAAUGUAAAUUGCAAUUUACACAAAAAGGUAACUUGGCACGGCAUAGACGAAUCCAUACUGGGGAAAGGCCGUUUGUUUGCGACGACUGUGAUAAGCAAUUUGCCAACAGAAGCAACUUGGACAGGCAUGUAAGAAUACAUAAAGGUGACAAACCAUAUAGGUGCGAAAAAUGUAGGAAGCGUUUUUCACAGAAAAAUAAUUUGAGGAUGCAUAUAUGUAGUUUUUACGAUACGAGGUAAGUGAUAGACUGUGGGACAUCAGUACAUGAUUUA